UCGGAGGAAAGGUUAACAAAUCGUGGUGGUUUUAAGAAACAAAGCACCUAAUAAUUGACAAUUUCUUCCUGUUUUUAGGUAUUCUUGUUGUUGUAAUUGUCAAUUAUUAAACUUUGGAAUGACCACGCAUAGAUUUGUCGAAUGCACAAAUGCUACCUUUGUGCAGAUUUGCAUUACGAGGCCAUUUGAGAAUUUUACAUGCUCUACGAAUAGUCUCAAAUUUUCAAAGUAUCGGCAUGAUUGUACAUUACAAGAGUGAGACAAAUAUGUAGAUAUUAUGUAAACUUGAGAUGGUACGUAAGACUGUGAAGUUCUUAUUUGGCCGUGGGGAGGGGAGAUAACGCGGGUUGUCUUUGCCAUGCAUGGUGCAUUGCACGUUCAUUUAUUGACCAACAUGUAUAGAUUAGACUGUGAAAGGUUUUGUGAAGAAUGGAACAGACUGUUGUGACUGAUCAGCCAAUGGCAGAUGCCAGCAAAAUAAAGACUGAAAACAUUAACUCAGUGUAUCAGUCUUACGUCCAGUAUCCAAACCCUGGACAAACAGCCAAUCAGCAACAGCAGGCAGCUCCGGUCAACCAACCAAAACUGUCCAACAAGAACCCAGUCAUGCAUAUCAAUGAACUCAGGAAAGGACUGGUGUUUGAUAUCAGCACAGUGACCACAACAGAGGAGAAUGUCAUCGUGAAGACAGAAGCCUCUACGACAGAGGACGGUCCUGGUCAGACUUUGGCAAUCACACCAGAGCCAGCCAAUAAAAAGAAGAAGAAGCAGGAGACGGCCUACAGCUGUAAUGUUAAGGUGGACGGGGAAGUGUUUACAGGGACGGGAAGGUCACAGAGGCUAGCCAAACUGGAGGCCUGUAAAUACGCUCUGUUAAAGAAGUUCAACAUCCUCUAUGUACCAGGUUAUGAAAAUCUAAGUGAGGAGUCCACAAUUUUCACUGGGAUAAAGAGAAAAAACCCAGGACCUCCUAAUGUCCCUAAACCCAAGAAGCAGAAGAACAGUGCUCCCAAGAAUGCUCUAAUGGUGCUGAAUGAAAGACACCCAGGAUUAAGUUACAACGUGGUGUCCCAGACUGGACCUGUGCACGCCCCAACAUUCGUGAUCUCCGUAGAAAUUGAUGGACAAACUUUUACAGGAACCGGAACAUCCAAAAAAUCGGCAAGACUAGCAGCAGCACAAAAUGCCUGUAAUGCAUUGAACUUAGCAUAUGUUUCAUAAUUUCAUAUGUUUCAUAAUAGAACUCUUUUUCAAUAUUUUCUUGUGUGUUUUACUGUGAAGACAAAUGGCAUUUUGUAGGAAUUUUGUAAAUAUUUUUAAAAAGUAUUUAGAUAACAAUGAAACUAAAAAGGAGAAUUGCAUGUAUCUUGCAUGCAUCUUUGUUAGCAAUCCUAUUUACAUAGUUAACAUGUUAGGGAGUUUUUCACAAGGUAGUUUAUUCUUUAUGACACUUGUUUUUCUUUAGAUUUUUUGUUAAGAGACUUUCAAGGUUUUUCUUAAAGAUGAUUAUAUUGUAAAGGCCAAGUUUCAGUUGUGUGUUCAAGAUGGUAGAAUUAUGUCUUCCUCAUAGGAAGGAGAUAUGCUGAAUAUGUUUGAUUUUAAUGUCCAUUCAAGAAGUUUUUACUCAUAACAAGACGUUACUUUUUGUCAGUCAGGGAAACAUCCAUUAAACGUGCCAUCUUGAAAGACAAUGUUUUAGUAUGGAAGUGGUCCUGUUGUUUCUGUGUACAUGCAACAUGUACUGUAAACCAACUUUUAUUCACGUGCGAGAAAUUUUCGCGAAGUUCGCCAGAGCCUCGUCAUCGCGAAUAUUUCAUGCCGCGAACCGGUCCUCAAAGUCUCUUUGUCAAUCAGAUCAAAAAAGGCUUGAUCGCAAAAAUUAAUCGUUGUGAACUAGUUUAACCCCAAUAAAUCGCGAAAUAAAGUUGUCGCGAAUAAAAGUUGGUUUACAGUAAUCUAGCAUUAAAAC